ACGCGCACUUCUGUCCCACUUUAGCCUUUUCCGAAAGCAUUUUUAGCAGACGAACAUGUCGAUAUCAAGUGUGUUUAGGCCGGGUCUUUUCAACCACAAAGUUGCAAUAGUUACGGGAGGUGGAACGGGCAUCGGGAAGGCGAUCACAUCAGAACUUUUGCAUUUAGGCUGCAGUGUUGUCAUCUCCUCCCGUAAGCUGCAGCGCUUGGAGACGACAGCUGAAGAGCUGUCCCACAGGAUCCCCGCCUCGAACCCGGCCAGAGUCACUCCCGUCCGGUGCAACAUACGCGACGAGGAGGAGGUGAAGAAUUUGGUUGCGUCCACGCUGCAGCUGUAUGGUCGGAUUGACUUUCUGGUGAAUAAUGGUGGUGGGCAGUUCAGCAGCGCUGUGGCCAACAUGAGUCUGAAGGGCUGGAAGGCUGUCAUCGACACCAACCUGACAGGCACUUUCCUUUGCUGCAAGGAAGUGUACAGUGCGUGGAUGCGAGAGCACGGUGGUGCGAUCGUUAACAUCAUUGCUGAUAUGUGGAAAGGAUUCCCUGGCAUGGCGCACACGGGUGCUGCCAGGGCUGCUGUGGACAACCUAACCAAGAGUUUGGCCAUUGAGUGGGCCAGCAGCGGAGUGAGAAUAAACUCUGUGGCUCCAGGAACUAUCUUUUCCAAAACUGCGAUGGAAAACUACAAAGAACUUGGCCCGAUGAUGUUUAAGAUGGCUUCCCCAUGCAUCCCAGCAAAAAGGUUGGGCGUUCCAGAGGAGAUCUCACCAGCCGUGUGUUUCCUCCUGUCUCCGGCGGCGUCCUUCAUCACAGGAGCAGUGCUGAAGGUGGAUGCAGGCCAGAGCCUGUAUAGCACAGUGUGGGAAAUCCCAGACCAUUGUGCAUGGCCUGUGGCUCCGGAGGGCGAGAAUACAGACACUCUGAGGGAAAUCUUAAAGGAGCCCAGAUCCAAGCUGUGAGGCAGCCAUCAUACUGGAGGGAGCUCUUAAUGCUGGUGUUUGUAAAUAGAAUAAGAAAACUGUGCUAAGGGGAAAAAAAAAAAAUUAAGAACAUUUCAGGCCACAACGACAUGGUCAGUGAAAUGCUCUCUGUCUGCGUAUUGCGUCUCAGGAGGUUAGUGUUUUCCUUUUUAUGUUAAAACUUUUCAUAGAUUCUGGAUGUUAGUAAGUUAGUAACUGUUUAACAGAUAUUUUUGUGAUCUGUGUUUUUCACAAGUAACAAGUACUGUUGCAUGGCAGUAACUAGUGUGCUCUCUCACUGGUUUAAGCAACAGCGUAAACUGCUAUUCCACAUGCAAGUAGAGGGCAGUGGCAGUAAAAUGUUGGAUGUUUUACCUCACAAAUGAUCUACAAAUCAUUUAUUUUACACCAGUCAUGACUAAAUAGCAUACAUAACAACCACUGUGUGUUUGCAGACUAUUCUUAACAGAGAAGAUAGGAUCUACUGUAGGUCACCCAUUGAAAUAAAUAGAAUAUAGUAUUCAAACACCA